AUGACCCACCAAGCUUACUGUGUGACUGUGACUUUAGUCCAGGGUCAGCCGGUGUAUUCUAUAGCUCUGGAGAGCCAGCUUAGAGAAGAGAUAUUCACAAAUUACUCUGCCCUCCAAAGACCCGCAAAGAUUGUUAAUGUGAAAGUUGAUCUCACUCUUCUCACCGUCAACGAUCUGAGCAUUAAGUACCAAACUUUGUCAGUGUCGGCCCUGCUGACAUUGAGCUGGAUUGAUGACCGUUUGGCUUGGCUGUCCGGCAGAUCACAGGACUACACCAGCAUCUUAUACAUGUAUGACACCGAGAAAAAUGUCUGGAAACCUACAAUCUACGUGGAAAAUUCAGUGGUGGAUCUCUCUGUGAUCACAGAUCCUAACACCCCCAUGAGAAUGGACCAAAGAGGAGAGAUACGAUGGAGUACUUCCGCUAUUUACAUAGUCAGCUGUGAAUCUGAAAUUAUGUAUUAUCCUCUAGAUCAGCAGACAUGUGAAGUCAAAUUGACCACGGCUGGCUACACUGCAUUGGACAUUAAUCUUAUCUUCGAUCCAACCCCUGUCACUUUAGCCUUUUACGCCGAAAAUGGAGAGUGGGAGCUUUUAACUGUCCAGGGUAUCAAACCUACUGAUAAAGUUCUUGGAGGAGCCUCUCAUUCGAAAGUGCUUUUCCGCAUAAGCAUGCGCAGACGACCGUUAUUUCACAUUAUGAAUACUAUGUUUCCGGUUGUGCUGAUGGCUUUCCUUAUUCCAAUGGCUUUUAAACUUAACGUGGAGUCUGGAGAGAAGAUGGGAUAUUCUCUGACAGUUCUUCUGGCCUAUGCUGUCUACUUAUCCAUGAUAUCAGAAAACAUUCCAAGCACAUCUGUAUCCAUAUGCUUUCUGUCUAUUUACUUAGCGACAACACUGGUCCUGUCGACGUUGUCCGUUUUAUUCGUCAUUGUUGUCAUCAACGUCCACCAUUCUCCCGAGGAAGAGCCAAUGUCUCCUAAACUUCAAGCGUUUGGAUUCAAAUUGGAAAAAGUUUUAUGUAGAAAAAAGAAUGAUGCAUCAACACAACCAGUAAAAGUGGCACCCACUCCAAACGAUUGCCUUGACAAACCAGACACGAUGCUGAAGGACAACUACAUGUGUGAGGAAGAGGAUAUGACGUGGAUUAGACUAUCCCGUUUGCUUGAUCAAUUCUUUUUCGUUACAUUCAUGAUAGUAAUAACUUUUUCCACAUUGGUUUUUACUGCUUUAACGUCUCUAAAACUUCUCACAUAUUAAAUGUACAUGUACUUAGAUAAUGGAAAGCAUACCCAACAUCUUUUUAACAAUUUCUAUAAUGUCGAUCCCUAUAAUUGGAAUUGGAAGGAAAACUAUUUCUUUUGCAUUAGAUCUACUUCAUUGUAUUCUAAGUCGUCUAGAUUUACAGUUGUGUGAUAUUGAGAAUUCAUCAGGGUGAUACAAAUAAACUACACCAUAUGUGUACCUGAAUGAAGGAAAGUGGCAGGUUAUAUAUACAAUGUAGAACUCGGUCGUGAUCGGUCUUUUCGUCUUUGAAUUAUGGGAAUGUAAAAGUGCAGGACUACGUCACAUUUAUUGAAAGUGAUUUAAUGUGGAGAGUUUGACAUUAGAGAUUUACAAAGCACUCUAGCGUGUUUACAUUCUCUAUUGCAUAGAAAGACAAAUAAACGUCUGACGGUGUAUUGUGGUAGUAAUCGAGUUUGUGUCUCUUUCGGUAACAAUGUUUUCACAUUUGCUUCUUGAGAGCUUUCAAGCGUCAUGGGAAUGUAUCAUGAAUAAGUUUACGAGACUAAAGACGACUUCACUACUGAAGGUACAUGUAUGAUAUCACAAAAAUGACCAUCUGAUUUUUUCAUUAAUGUCAUUUCCAGUCUAACACUUUUUCUCGUGAAUUGGGUCAGUCCAAACUUUUAGGAAAUAACAAAUGUCAAUGUCUUCCUUCUUUUUCUAAUAAUAAUA